UCUGCUACAAGGGUGUAACAGAGUCAGCGGGAACGAGAACCAGGGUGAAACUGCAGAACACACCACACUGUAGUAGCUGGACUCGAUCAACUGCAUCAAGGCUCAGACAGAAGGAAUUGUCCACUGCCCAGUGCCAAGGUGCUUUCCAGCUGGUAGCCCAACUCUGUGCAGAGCGGCUAACGGUGAACUAACUGUCAGAGCGGGCAAGAAACCACACUGUCCGCUGGAUGAGAGACAGGAAGAAGGUUAGAAGCGAGGUGGUUUAUUUUAAAAAGAGUUAUAUUUCCUGUUUUACUUUGCAGAGCGGUGUGAGCACGGAGACCUGACAAGCUCCAGAGCUAAAACUCUUCUCAGCAGAAUGUUGCUCCCACUUUGAGGAGAAGCCUGAAGCUGACCAGGACAACUCAGCCCGGAGUUUGUAGGGAUCAGGAGGAGAGGCUGGGAUGGAAACAACAUCCACAGACUGACUCCAUUCACCCGAGUGUCUCUGUAUCCAGAUCUACCCCCGGCUCUGUCCAGUGUGCGGAUUACAAACAACAGGCAGACACGUGCGGCUGAGGCCCAACUAACCUUCCAUGGUCUGGCAUGAGAUGCUGAGAUGCUGUUGGACACCUGAGCUUCAGACAGCAGCGCCUCCAGGGGUGAGGGAGAGGGGUAACUGAAAGGUUUGAAUGACUUCACGUGAACGAUUCCAUUGGAAAGGGAAGCAAUGGCUUUUGUGAGCAAUUGAUCGCAUUGGUCUGAAUCAGCUGUGAAACCUCAGUUACUUACGCACGACAGAACAGCUUCUAAUCCAAAUAAUGAUUUCUGUUGGAUAUCACCAUUGGGUGCCCCUAAUUUAGUCAGUAACCUGAAAUUGCUCUGGUUAAUUUGUUUUAUUUGCAAAUAUUGGAUCUAAUUUCACCUGCAGGAACAUUGGUGGCCUUGGGAUACGUUGCUCACUACGAUUACAGAUACAGGCAGACACAACGCUUUGUUACUGACGUUGGUGCCAGGAGGUCUGUUGGGCCAGUGCCACCUCUCAGGAUGACGGGUCUUUCUCCAAAGCGGGGUCUCAGCCAGGCUGGCGUGGGCACAGCCAAGAAGAGGAGGCUGGUGACUGAGAGUUACGAGGAGAAGCUCGAGCGCAGGCACGAGAACCGCCAGAGCCUCUUCGGCCGAAACAACGUCACCUCAUGCCGCAGUUCACCAAAACGGCGCGGCGCGGAGCAGAGCUCACGGCAGGAGGAGUUCUUGAAGCGGCGGAACCUGACGGUGGACGAUAAUGCGGCGAAGACAAAGACACCUGCUGUGGCGCCCUGCAGGGGGAAGGGUGUAGGAGGAGCCAACACUGGGAGUCCAGCACAAUCACCACCAACAUUAAUCAAAGUAACACAGGUCUCUCCACAGUUCGGGUUCGCUAAUGGUGGCUUGUCACUGAGUAGUCAGCUCAGUCAGAGGGGAGCAAAGGACUCGACCCUCACUUUCCUUACCAACACACUCAACCAGACCGAUGCCAUCUUCAAGAAGGUCUCCAAAAGAGAUAAAGCAACCCAGGUCCCACCAGCGGGCAGUGAUGGAUUCGGAAAUGUGUCCCAGAAGGAAGCAAGCCAGCAGACAGAAUGUGGAGUUGCGGUUCUGGAUCAGGAGAUCCAGCAACUCUCAGAGUAUCUGAAGGAAGCUCUGCACCGUGAGGUGAUGCUGAAACAGAAGAUGGCAGUCCUCCAGCAGCUGCUUGCCACGGUCCUGCAGGCUGCAGAGAAAUCGUGGAAGGUACAACUGAAUGAUGAUUCGCUACGCUGCAAACUGCAGUCACUGGAGACUCAGUUACACACCUGGGCACAGAAUCACUCAAGAGACAGUGUCAAGGAAAGCAUGAUUGAAAUGCAGGAACAGAAACUCAAGUAUGAGAACAUGGCCAAGGAAUCGCUCCAGAGAGCGAUCGAGGAGAAAAGUACAGCGGAACGAAGCCUGGACAAUGUGAAGAGAUCGCUGACGGAAGUGGAACAGGAGUCUGCCCACUGGAAAGAAUCGUAUCACAGGGCAAUGGCUGAGUGUGCUGAACUGACAGCCCAGUGCUCACAGACUACUGAUCGACUGCACAUCGUAGAGAGCAAGCUGCAGAGGGCAGAAAGUGAUGGUAUGGUACUCAGGAAUUUACAGAGCAAAUUGGAGACCGUGGAAAAUCAAACCCAGGAACUCUUGAACGAAAUCGAAGCCUUGAAAGAAGACAAUGAACUCAAGCAAAAGCAGCUUCUAAUCAGCAGAGCUGAACUACAAAAAGCCGAGGAGCAACAGCAAAGAAUGGCUUCUACAAUAAUGAACCUUCAGAGCACGUUACAGAAGCAAGUCACUGAGGCCACAGGGCAGGAGAAAACUGUGCUGCAGAAUGGCGAGUUCCAUGCCAGGACGGAACAGCGUGAGGCAGCUCUUCAGCUGGAGAUCAGACAACUGAACGAGCAACUGGAAAGGCAAUUACAUCAGCUCCACGCUAAACAGGAGGAGUGCACUGGACUUCACUUAGCGCUCGUGGCUGUGCAGAAUGAGCGCCAGGCCCACCUCAAACACCAGCAGGGCCUCCGGGACGAGCCAGCGAGAGUUCAGAAGAGACCUUCCCAGGUGAGGUUCUGAAAGCAGCUCCAGACUCAGAGCAAGAGGCGCUGCUGUCGAUGUGUGACCUUCCUCCUGAUGGCAGCAAUGGUAGCAGGGUUUGCUGUACUUUGUGCAAAUCUGGACAAAAUCCCUCUUUGAGAAACUCAGUGAAAAAUAUUUUGCCACUGACAUAGAUUUGCAAAUGACUUUGAACACCAAAUUCCGAUUAGAACAGAAAUACUGAUUUUUUUUUAAAUCUUAAAAUAUUUUAAAAAAUGAACUGGUUAUGUGGAAUAUUGGGGAAUGGUCAGGUGCCAAAGAGUCUAACCAUUCGCACAUCCUUGCUAUACUAAGCUGAAUAGCACAAUCUGAUCAAAUCUGAAAUAUUUACCCACAUGACUAUAUUUCACAUUAGAUGCAUCUCCAACGGCCAAUUCCCUCAAAGCAGAAAGAAAUACUUUAUGUCCCGUUCGGCUGGGGCAUGGGAUUUUAUUAAAGCCCACGACCUUAACUCACAAUCUUUGUAACAGCGGGAGUAUUUAAACUCUUAACCCAGCAAAUUCAAAUGUUUUAGAAUACCUGUUCUAGGUAAUGGGUUGCGGAGUGGAGAUGGUGGCAUCUGUUAGUCUUGCGAGACCAUAGAUCUAGGCCUGGAAAGUCUACUGGAGUGUCCUCUCCAGGGCGCAGGCCUGGGCAAGGUUGUAUGGAAAACCAGCAGUUGCCCAUGCUGCAAGUCUCCCCUCUCCAUGCCACCGAUGUUGUCCAAGGGAAGGGCAAGGACCGAUACAGCUUGGCACUUGUGUCGUUGCCGGAGUUGCCAAAGCGAGGUUGAAGGCAAUGUCGGACUGCCUUAGGGACUCCAGCUCCGGAUUUGUCCUCAGGGUUUACUCCCGAAGCCUUUCCCAUGAGCUGCAAGGUAUGGCCGCAAGGCAGCGGAAGUUUGAAAUCAGAGUUUUCCCUCUCUCAGAUGGACUGCCUUCCCAGGCUGACGAGUUCCAUCUACCCAGAGUGGAGAUAUGUUUCUGACAAAGGAAGCAUAAGGCAUCCCUUCCCUCCACUAGCCUGUAGGUCACCCUGGGGCAAGGUGUAGCACCUGCUUAGCUCCCCAAUCAGGGUCACGUGAAGCCACGGGACCAGGUGGUGGAUGGUCGGACGAGCAGCUGGUGCAUAUCACAAAUCCUGGUUAAGUGACCACUGACACCAGGCAGACAAUCUCUGAAGAGUAUUGAUAAUGGCUGGGGUCACCCAUCUUGUAAAGACACUGCCCAGAAGACGGCAAUGGCAAACCACUCCUGUAGAAAAGUUUGCCAAGAACAGUCAUGAUCAAGUCCAUGACCACCUAUGUCAUACAGCAUCGCACAUAACGAUGGUGAUGGUGAUGAGGACUCUAGGUUAGGGUAAAUCUAAACCUAUGAGAUUGUUAGGAUUGUUAGGAAUUACUAAGGCUCUCUGGAAACAAUAUCUGUUGUCCUUAUUGGAUGUGGCCUGGUACAACACUCUGACUUGGUACAACAAAUGAUUCAGUUGUCAAGAGGGAGAAACACCUCUGUAUUGUCACAACCCAAAGAGUGAGCGAAUCAGUGUUGGACACAUCCCCUUACUGAAUACAACAAAGCCUACUUUUGUCAAUGUUGUAAAUAAUUUGUGUAUAAUUUGUUUUCUCAUUAGAGAAUAUCACCAGAUGCAGCUUUCUUAACAGUCUCUGAUACAGUCUCCUUACCUUUCCCAAUGUCGAAGGCUGGCAGAGAUGGCAAUUACCUUGUAAUGGGUAUCAUAGUCCUAUCACAUUUUCCUGUACAUAGAAUAAAAUAUAUUUUCUCAUGACCAUCUGUAACAAUCAAAUAUGUUCAAACAGAGACCUUUUCCCAUGGCAGAAAUGGCUAAUUCAUGUGCGCAUGAUUUAACGGUGAUUAGAGGAAUAUAUAAGGGGGAAUGUCAGAGACAAGUUUUUUUUACCCAGAGAGGUGAGUGUGUAAAAUGCCCUGCAAGAGGUGGUGGUAGAGACAGAUACUUUAGGGACAUUUAAGAGACUCUUAGAUAGGCACAUGAAUGAUAGAAAAAUGGAGGGCUGCAAUACUGUGCAAAAGUCUUAGGCACAUACUGUAUAUACUGUAUAGCUAUGGAGUCUAAGACAUGGCAAGGGAUGAGAAACCUGAUUCUGAUAUGGGUCUCUAUUGUGGACUGAAAGUGGGAAGGGGGUAGGGAGAGGGGUAUCAUGGUUGGGAAAAGGGGAAGGGAGAGGGGAGAGAGCAGGAAGCACCAGAGAGACAUACUGUAAUGAUCAAUAAAUCAAUUGUUUGGAAAUAAAUGACCUUGCCUGGUGUCUCAGGGCUGGGUGUGUCUGCACCCAUGCCACCCCCUGCCUCUGUCACUCCUUCUCUGCUACCUGUCCCGCACCCUUCCCGUGGCGCUCCACCCUCACCAUUCCCAACAUCCUUUGCUCCCACCAGAUUUACAAACUCGCUCUCCACUCCAUGUUGACAAACACAGCACUGUGCAAAAGUCUUGGGCACUCUAGCUAUAUUUAUGUGCCUAAUAUUUUUGCACAGUGCUGUAGGUGGGAGGGAAGAGUAGGUCAACAUCAUGGGACGAUAGGCCUUUAAUGAAAUGUUCUAUGUUCUGUGUAGGUACUUGCCACAAAAAACGUCCAGCUAACUUAAAAACCUUUCUCCUGAAUACUUCCAGGUCCCCACCAUUAUACUGUGAGUAUCAAGCAUUUGGGACCAGAACAAUUAAAAACUGUUUGAUGCUCAAUGCAGCAGGCAGUAUUAGCAAGAACACAGGCCUGGCCCAUGAAUUGGUCAAGGUGUUAAACUCAAUUUGAUAAGAAUUUCCUUCUGAGUAGCUGCAAAGUAUUGGGAAAAAAUUGAACAUUUUGAUUACUAGGUUCAUCUGCACUGGAGUCCCAUACAAUAGUUCAAUACCUCUUUGUAAUGUUAUUUUUGUAAUGACCUAAUUGACACCUCUCGAAUGUUGAAAGGCCUUGAUAGAGUGGAUGUAGAAAGUAUGUUUUCUAUGAUGGGAGAGUCUAGGACCAGAGGACACAGCCUCAGAAUAGAGGGGCCUCUUUUUAGAAUGGAGAUGAGGAGAAAUUUCUUGGGGAAUUGCCAUAAGCAGGUGUCAAGGCCAAGAUUUUAUAUAUAUUUAAGGCAGGGGUUGAUAGACACUUUAUUGGUCAGGGCAUGAAGAGAUACAGAGAGAAGGUAAGAGACUGAGGCUGAGGGAAAAUUGGAUCAGCUACGAUGAAAUGGUGGAGCAGACUCAAUGGGCAAAAUGACCUAAUUCAGCUCCUAUAUCUUGUGGCUGUUUUGGAACAGAUGGAAUUUGCAUGAUUAACUGGCAGAAAGUUUUUUUUAAAUUCUUGGGUCUGAUAACCAUUAUGUGUACUCUCUUCAGUGUGAACAAACAUUUACAUUUAAGAUUUAAAACUGGUUUGGUGACAGAAGGCAGAUGGUAGGGGUAGGAAUUAGAAAUCUGUGACUAAUGAUGAACCUCAGGGAUUGAUGCUUGGACCUUUACUGUUUGUGAUAUCCACUCAGUGGCCACUUUAUUAGGUACCUAAUAAGGUGUUUUUGCCCACAGAACUGCCACUCACUAGAUGUUUUUUUUUUAAUCACACCAUACUCUGUAAACUAGAGACUUUAGUGCGUGAAAACCCCAAUGCAUCAUCAGUUCCUGAGAUACUCAAACCACCCCAUCUGGCACCAAAUAUCAUUCCACAGUUGAAGUCACUUCGAUCACAUUUCUUCCCCAUUCUGCUGUUUAGUCUGAACAACAACUGAACCUCUCGACCAUGUCUGCGUGUUUUUAUGCAUCGAGCUACUACCGCAUGAUUGGCUGAUUAGAUAUUUGCAUUGAUAAGUAGGUGUACAGGUACACCUAAUAAAGUGGUCAUUAAGUAUACUUUAUAUAGUGACCUGGAUAUUAUAUAGUGACUUUGACAUGUGCAUGACACAAAAGAAAACAAAAUUGGUGAAUUUAUGAAUAGUGAGAAAAGUUGUGGACUGCUGCAGCAGAAUUUAGUCAGAUGGAAAGUAGGGCAGACUGUUGACAGAUGAGAUUUAAUUCUAAUGAGUGCAUGAUGACGCACAUUGGGAAAUCAAAUAGAGGUAGGACAUAACUGGUAAAUGGUAGGGCACUGAGGAAUGUAGAUGAACAGAGAGGUCUGAAAAUUCAAGUCAACAGUUCCCUGAAAGUGGCAACUACAUUCAGUGGGAUGAUGAAAAGGGUUCAAGGCAUGCUUGCCUUCAGAAGUCAGGGCACAUAAUUUAGGACGUUAAUGUGGUGUUAUAUUGCAACUUUAUAAAACAUUGGCUAGGAUUCUGUGUUCGGUUCUAAUUACCUCACUGUAGAAAGGAUAUGACUGCACUGGAAAAAACAGAGAACAUGAAAAGUUUAAGGGAAACAUGAGGAGAAACAUCUUCACUCAGAGGAUGGUGAGAGAGUGGAAUGAGUUGCCAGCUCAAGUGGUGCAUGCAAAUUCAAUUUCAACAUUUAACAGAAGUCUGGAUAGAUGCAUAGAUGGUAGGGGUAUGGACGGUUAUGGUCCCAGUGCUGGUUGUUGGAAGUAGGCAGUUUAAAUAGUUUGGCAUGGACUAGAUGGGCUGAAGGGCCUGUUUCUGGACUGUACUUUUCUAUGACUCCAUGAUACUACCUGUAUUGGAGAACUUUAGUUCUGGGAAGAGAAUGGACAGGCUGGACUUGCGACAGAGUCUGAAGAGCAACCAGAUAGUUACAUAUGAUGAUGAAAGGUUCAGAUAGGGCAGCUAGCCAUGACCUUUUCCCUAUCAUAAGGGUAUUAAAAACGAGAAGACAUUUGUUUUAAGGUCAGCAGUUUUAAAGGGACCUGAGGGGUAAAGUUGAAAGUCAUUUGUAUCUAGAACUUACUGUCCGAGGAGGUGAAAGUCAGGUGCAGUUAAAGAUAAGCACCAGAGGUUCAGCAGACGCUGCAAAUCCUGAGCAACCCACAGUCCUGAUGACUCUCAGCCCAAAAUGUUGACUGUUUAUUCCCCUCCAUAGACGCUGAGUUCCUCCAGCACUUUGAGUCUGUCAUAGCAGAGUCAUAGACUCAUAGAACAUCACAGCACAUAACAGGCCCUUCGGCCCCUCUAAUGAGAACAUAAGAAAUAGGAGCAGGAGUAGGCCAUCUGGCCCAUAGAGCCUGCCCCACCCACCAUCCAUUAAGAUCAUGGAUGAUCUGUCCAUAAACUCAGCUCCAUUUACCUGCCUUUUCCCCAUAACCCUUAAUUCCAUACCGAACUAUAAUGCUGCCUAGUCCCAUCGAUCUGAACUGGAACAUAGCCCUCCUAUCCAUGUAUCCAUCAAAGUUCCUCUUAAGUGUUGAAAUCAAACCCACUUCCACCAUUUCCAUUGCCAGCUCGUUCCCCACACUCUCCCCACCCUCUGCUUGAAUAAGCAAGGCAUGGCAGGAUAUAAUUCUAAUGUGGCAACUAGGAAUCAUCUAGAUGGGAAAAAAAAAGUUGGGAUGGAGAUGAAGUUUCUAAGCUGUACAGCAAACUCUGUAAUUUCAUGACUAUGGUACACUCUCACUUAAUAGAGUGCAUCAUUAAACUCACAGAGUCUUGAGAUUAUGUCACAGUGUUCAUAGUUAAAACAGCCAAAGGAUUUAAAGUAUUCACACCAAGCUUUACUGACCUAGGCUGUAAAAUACAUUUUUUGUAAGGUGCAAAUAAAGUCAAUAUUUUGAGAUAAUGGCAAAUGUCUAGUUAAUUCUUCCAUAAAUUUGUUUUGGUAAACCUGCUGGUGUGGGAUGUGAAUGGUGUAGUGUUUUUGGGCAGGAACUUGGGCAGUAAGGUCCAGUUUCAGUUUCAUGUUCCUCUACUCAUCUUGUUGAGUAAUUGGAUAAGGUAGAUGAACUUGCAGCACAGUUGCAGAUUGGCAGGUAUGAUGUUGUAGGCAUCACUGAAUCAUGGCCUAAAAAAGAUUACAGCUAGGAGCUUAAUGCCCAAGAAUACACAUCAUAUUGAAAGGGCAGGCAGGAAGGCAGAGGGAUUGGCAUUGCUCUGUUGGUAAAAAAUGGAAUCAAAUCAUUAGAAAUAGGUGACAUAGGAUCAGAAGUUGUUGAAUCUUUGUGGAUAGAGCUAAGGAACUGCAAGGGGAAAAAGACCCAGAUGGCAGUUGAAUACAGACCCCCAAACAGUAGUAAGGAUGUGGUCUACAAGUUACAAUAGGAGAUGGGAAAUGCCUGCCAAAAGGGCAGUGGUACAGUAGUCAUGGGAGAUUUCAAUAUGCAGUUAGAUUGGGAAAAUCAGGUUGGUGCUGGAUUCCAAGAGAGGAAUUUCUAGAAUGCUUAAGGAUUCUAGAUCUGAUUUUUAAAUCAGCUCAUGGUUGAGCCCACUAGAGUAUCAGCUAUUCUGAAUUGGGUGUUGUGCAAGUAACUGGAAUUGAUUAGAGUGUUUAAGGUAAAGAACCCUUAGGGGUAAGUGGUCAUAAUAUGAUCGAAUUCACCUUGAAAUCUGAGAUGCAAAAGCUGAAGUCAGUUGUGUCAGUAUUACAGUGGAGUAAAGGGAAUUACAGAGGAAUGAGAGAGGAGUGGCCAGAAUUGAUCAGAAAAGAACACUGACAAGGAUGAUGGCAGAGCAGCAAUAGCUGGAAUUUCUGGAAGUAAUUCGGAAGCCACAAGAUAUAUACAUCCCAAAGAGCAAGAAGUAUUCUAAAGGAAAGAUGACACAACCAUGGCUAACAAGAGAAGUCAAAGCCAACAUAAAAGCUGAAGAGAGGGCAUUUAACAGAGCAAAAAUUAGUGGGAAGUUAGAGGAUUGUGAAGGUUUAAAAACCAAUAGAAAGCAACUAAGAAGUCAUCAAGAAGGUAAGGAUGGAACACAAAAGUAAGCAAGCCAAUAAUAUUAAAGAGGAUACCAAAGUUUCAGAUACAUAAAGUAUAAAAGAGAGGCAAAAGUGGAUAUUGGACUGAUAUCGGAGAGGUACUAAUGGGGACAAGGAAAUGGUAGAUGAACCGAAUAAGUAUUUUGUAUCAGUCUUCACUGAGGGAGCUAUUAGCAGUAUGGUGGAAGUUCUAAGUGUCAGAGGUCAUGAAGUGUGUGAAGUUACCAUUACUAGAGAGAAAUUUCUUAGGGAACUGAAAGGUCUGAAGGUAAAUAAGUCACCUGGACCAGGCUGUGUAUGCCCCAGUGUUCUAAAAGUUGUCUGAAGAGAUUGUGGAGGUAUUAGUAAUAACCUUUCAGGAUCACUAGAUUCUGGAAAGGUUCAGGAAGACUAGAAAAUUACAAAUGUCACUCCACUCUUCAAGAAGGGAGAGAGGCAGAAGAAAGGAAACUGUAGGCCAGUUAAUCUGGACUCAAUGUUUGGGAAGACGUUGGAGUCGAUUAUUAAGGAUGAGGUCUCAGGAGGCACAUGAUAAAAUAGGCCAUAGUCAGCAUGGUUUCCUCAAGGGAAAAUCUUGCCUGACAAUCAUUUGGAAUUCUUUGAAGAAACACCAAGUGGGAUAGACAAAGAAGAAUCGGGUGACAUUGUGUAAUUGAAUUUUCAGAAGGCCUCUGACAAAGUGCCAUGCAUGAGGCUGCUAACAAGCUAUGAGCCCAUGGUACUACAGGAAAGAUUCUAGCAUGGACAAAGCAGUGACUGAUUGGCAGGAGGCAAAGAGUGGGAAUGAAGGGAGUCUUUUCUGGUUGGCUGUUGGGACUAGUAGUGUUUCACAGGGGUCUGUGUUGGGGCCAAUUCUUUUUGUGUUAUAUGUCAAUGUUUGGAUGAUGGAAUUGAUGGCUUUAUUGCAAAGUUUGCAGAUAGGUGGAGGGACAGGUAGUUUUGAAGAAGCAGAAAGGCCGCAGGACAGACAGAUUAGGAGAAAAGGCAAAGAAAUGGCAGAUGAAAUACAGUGUCAGGAAGUGUAUGAUCAUGCACUUUGGUAGAAUAAAUGAAAAGGUUGACUCUUUUCUAAAUAGAGAGAAACUGCAAAAAAAAAUGAGGCACAAAGGGUCUUGGGAGGAUUUGCAGGAUUCCCUAAAGGUUGACUUGCAGGUUGAAACUGUGGUAAGGAAGGCAAAUGUGAUGUUAGUUUUUAUUUCAAGAGGACUAGAAUAUAAAAGCAAAGAUGUAAUGUUGAGACUUUAUAAAGCACUGGUGAAACCUCACUUGGAGUAUUGUGAGCAGUUUUUGGCCCUUUUAUCUUAGAAAGAAUGUGCCGAUUCCAGAUCUGAAUGGCCUGCCAUGUGAAGAGUGUUUAGUGGCUCUGGGCCUGUAUUCACGAAAAUUCAGAAGAAUGAGGGGUGACCUCAUUGAAACCUAUCAAAUGGUGAAAGGCCUUGAUGGAGUGGAUGUGGAGAGGAUAUUUCCUAUGGUGGGAAAGGGGAAAACCAGAGGACACAGUCUCAGAAUAGAGGGGUUUCCUUUCAGAACGGAGAUGAGGAAUUUCUUCAGACAUGAAUGGUGAACCUGUGGAAUUCUUUGCAGCUAUGGAGGCCAACCAAGUCUUUCUAUAUAUUUAAGGCAGAGGUUGAUAGAUUCUUUAUUGGUCAGGGCAUAAAGGGAUACAAGAAGGCAGGAGAUUGGAUCAGCCAUGAUGAAAUGGCGGAGCAGACUCAAUGAGCCAGCCUAAUUCUGCAUUUCCAAAGGCACUGAGAGUGAUCAGGAAGAUGUCACUCAGCUGAAGGAACACGUAAAACAAGCUGGAGGAACUCAGUAGGUCGGGCAGCAUCUGUGGAAACAAGCAGUCAAGGUUUCGGGCCGAGACCCUUCAUCAGGACUGAAGCGGGAGGGGUCAGGGGCCCUAUAAAGAAGGUGGAGGGAGGAUGGGAAGGAGAAGGCUGGUCGGUGCCAGGUGAAAAACCAAUCAGAGGAAAGAUCAAGGGGUGGGGGAGGGGAAAGGCAGGAAAGGUGAACAAGGAAUGUAAGGGGAAAGCACUAUGUGUAGUAGAAGAAGUUAGAGUCAUGAGAGAGGUGAUAGGCAGCUGGAGGAGGAGGCAGAGUGAAACUGGGAUGGGGGAAGGGAGAGGGAGGGAAUUACCGGAAGUUGGAGAAUUCAAUGUUCAUGCCAAGGGGCUGGACACUACUCAAGACAGUAUAUGAGGUGUUGCUCCUCCAACCCGAGUUUGGCCUCAUCAUGGCAGUGGAGGAGGCCAUGUAUGAACAUAUCUAAAUGGGAAUGUGAAGCAGAGUUGAAGUGGAUGGCAACCAGGAGAUCCUGUCUGUUGUGGUGGAUGGAGCGGAGGUGCUCGACGAAGCGGUCCCCCAAUCUGCGUCGGGUCUUGCCGAUGUAGAGGAAGCUGCACCGGGAGCACAAAUGCAAUAGAUUAUCCCAACAGACUCACAGGUGAAGUGCUGCCUCACCUGGAAGGACUGUUUUGGGUCCUGAAUGGUGGUAAGAGAGGAGGUGUAGGGACAGGUGUAGCACUUACGCUUGCAGGGAUAAGUGCCAGGUGGGAGAUCUGUGGGGAGGGACGUGUGGACCAGGCAGUUGCGGAGGGAACGAUCCCUGCAGAAAGCGGAGAGGGGUAGAGAAGGAAAGAUGCGCUUAGUGGUGGGGUCCUAUUGAAGGUGGUGGAAAAUGCAGAGGAUAAUAUGCUGGGAUCCGGAGGCUGAUGGGGUGGUAGGUGAGGACAAGGGUAAACACGGUCCCUGUUGUGGUGACGGGAAGAUGGGGUGAGGGCCGAAGUGCGGGAAAUGGAGGAGGUGUGGGUGAAGGCAUCAUUGAUGACGGCAGAAGGGAAACCACGAUCCUUAAAGAAAGAGGACAUUUGAGACGUCCUGUAACAGAAAGCCUCAUCCUGGGAGCAGAUACGGCGGAGAUGGAGGAACUGGGAAUAGGGUACAGCAUUUUUGCAUUUGGCAGAGUGGGAAGAGGUAUAGUCGAGGUAGUUAUGGGAGUCAGUGGGUUUACAGAAGAUGUCAGUGGACAGUCUGUCUCCAGAGAUGGAGACCGAGAGAUCGAGAAAGGGGAGGGAAGUGUCCGAGAUGGACCAAGUGAAUUUGAGGGCUGGGUGCAAAUUACUUAGCUGAAGGAGAGGUGCAGCCCAGGAGGGAUGAAGAAAGAAGAUCAAAAAGCUUGAGCUGUAAGAUCUUCCUCAAACUAUUCUUACAUUUUCCACCAAUUCCAACUGCUGCCAUAAAGUUCAAAAUUCCAAGUAAAUUUAUUAUCAAAAUACAUAUAUGUCACCAUAUACAACCCAGAUUCAUUUUCUUGUGGGUGUACUCAAUAAAUCCAUAUUAGAAUAAUAAUCAUAAUAGAUUCAAUGAAAGACUGUGUUUUGCACCUUGGCUCCAGAGGAACAUUGUUUUGUUUGGCUGUAUUCAUGUGGUUGUUUGAAUAAUUAUACUUGAACUACUCUGCUACUUUUGGUUUGUCAAUGGACAAUUACACCUAAACCAGCACACAACCACUGUGGGCACCACCCACCCAGCAAACUGCCUUUCCCAAAAGCUCCCUUCUGCAAAGUACUAUAGGGCUAUUAAAACAAAAACUUCACGCCGUCUUAAAAGCUUCUUCCCCAGCCAGUUAAUCUCAUCAACCAUUAAGGUAGCCCCCACGUGUUCCCCUUUAUCUAUUACCCCUGUCACUGGGGUAAACACUUCAAACCAUUUUUAUGACACUAUUUACAUUUUAAAUAUAUGUUGGUAUUUAUAGUGCUUUAGGCACACUUAUUUCAUUUCUAUACCUUCACCUCUAUUUUUUCUUACAUCAUUCAGCAUCAGAAUCAAGUCUAAUAUCACUGACAAGUCAUAAAAUUUGUUGUUUUGCAGCAGCAGUAGUACAAUGCAAUACAUUAAAAUACUAUAGGUUACAAUAAGACUAAUUAUUUAUAACUCUUUGCAAUUGUUAAAUGUUUUUGUUUUCUGUGCCUAAGACUUUUGCACUAACGUAUGAGUGAUGAUAAACCUGAUUCUGAAAUGGGUCUGAAUCGUGGACUGAAGAGUGGGAAGGGGGCAGGGAGAGGGGAUUCAUGGUUGGGAAAAGGGGAAGGGAGAGGGGAGGGGGCAGAAAACACUAGAGGGACAUUCUGUAAUGAUCAAUAAAUCAACUGUUUGGAAUCAAAUUACUUUGCCUGGUGUCUCAGCACCUGAUCCAACCCCCGCACCUGGCACACCUUCUCUGCCACCUGUCCCAGAGCCCUCCUUUGCCAUUCCCAAUAUGUUUUGCUCCUGCCAGAUAUACAAACUUGCUCUCCAUUCCAUGUUGACAAAUCUAGUACCGUGCAAAAGUCUUAGGCACCC